AUGAAGUUUCUCGUACUUUUCGCAGCAACUCUCCUUUGCGUUCAAGCCUAUCAUAUUCCAUACGGAUUCUAUGAUGCUUCAUCCGAAUCCAGUGAGGAGGAGUAUCAGGUGCUCGUGACGGCUAAUAAUCAACCACCACUGAGUUUACCGGGUGUGGGCGUCUAUAAUCAACCCAUUUUACAAGCGGUCAAAGUGAAAGUGCCACGCUAUGUUAGUCCGGAACUCAAGCAACAAAUUAUCGCUCAGACACUAGCUGCACGCGGUUUGACUCUACACACACAGCCGCCACAAGGCGGCUUAAACAAUGUCGCACCGACUGCCGGUGUACGGCCACAACGAGAGGUGCCAGCUACAGCUGCGGUAAAUAAGGAUGUCGCUGUGGAAAGUGGUGUCAUCGCUAACAAUGUCAUCACAAAAGGCGGUGUGCAGGAGACAUCAGUAAAGCCGGUGGCACCAGCAGUAUUAUCGACUCCAGUUGUAUCAGAGUCGCCAAUGGUCCCAAUUGUACCAAUGAUAUUGUAAGGGGCGCAAAGCGACAUGUUAGUUCUAAGUCAACAUACCUUUUCCUUAUGAAA